AUGUUUAAGAAAAAAAAAGAAAAUAUAAAGAUGUUACAUAUUCAACAAUUAUUAUUAAUACUAACAUUAAUUUUAUCUAUUAAUAGUGAAAGUUUACCUUCAAAAUGUGAAAGUUGUGCUAUUAUUGCAAGAGAAUUUAAGGAUGAAUUAUUUAAAAUCAAGAAUUUACCAAAAACUAUUUCACGUAACAAAGCGGAAGAACUUUUUUUAGAAUUAAAUGAAAUUGUUUGCAAAAAUAUGCUCUCUUAUCGUUUAGAUCCAACUCGUGAUUCUGGAAUUGAUAGAUUUUUUAAAGGAACACCGGAAGCAUUGAAACAAUUAAAAGAAUUACGUGAUAAAGGUGUUAAAAUAACCAUGGAUGUUCCUGAAGACUUAUGGGAUAAACCUGGAAUUGAGUCUUCACUUUUAAAACAACAUUGUGAAAGUCUUUUGGAGGAGUAUGAAGAUAUAAUUGUUGAAACAAUUAUUAAUAAAACAUCUUUUGAAAUAUUUGUCUGCACCAUUGAAAUGAAAUGUCCAAGGUUUUAUAAGAAGGAACUUUAA